AUGUUAGGGCUCCAGGGAGAUCAAAGCACACAGAGAUUUAGAAAAUGCGGCAAAACUGCAUAUAAUAAAGCAAUCAAAAGACUCACAGAAGCAUCAAGAGGGUCUUUUGGGCAGUUGUGAAAAACCAAAUCGUAGGAGCCAAUUUCAUUUGAGCUUGUGAAUGAAACGGUAAAGUUAAGUGAAGCCAUUCCAUUGGAGAAGGUGUAGCGGAAGCUUUCUCCCUUGUGAGCUUGAAUGAAAGAAUUUGUAACCUCUUUAAUUAUUUUCGCCGUGGAAUCAGAGAUAUGGGCUCUGGAAUGAGAUUCUGAGAUUUCAGGGGGAUUAGCCUUUCCAACCUCAGGAGACUUCUGGCCAACUUCCUCUUUAGCAGAGUUUUGUACCUGUUGAAUAGCCCCUUCUUUUUCUUUUGAUAAUUGAGGUUUGUUGAACGACGGUUUACCCACCUGAAGAGCAUCAUCACGUGUAUCCACUUUCACUAACUCUUUAAGAUUAUUAUUGACAUCUUUGCGUUCAUCUGGACCUUGGCGAACAUCUUUCUGGUUCAUCAUUUUAUUAUUUAAUGAGGGCGUGUCGGCGUUUGGAUCAAUACUAUCGUUAUCCCUGGAAUUUGGCCCACCGGGGUGGGGUUCAUCAGCAUGUUUCUGCACACUUUCAUUAAAAUCAACAUUCUGAUUUCCUUUUAGGUUGGCGCGUGGUUGAUUAUGAUUAUCAUCGACAUUCUCAGAUUUUUGCCCAUCGGGAUCAGGAAUCUGUUGCUUAGCACCAGAAAUAUCACCAUUUUGCGGAACUUUCUUUUGUACAAUAGUAGGUUUUUCAUCCCUCCCAUUCUGUUGAUUAUCCAACUGAACAGGAAUAGAACCACUUUUAAGCGAUAUCUGGUUGCCUGGCAGAAUUUUUAGAGUCCUUUUGCCAGGGAGUGAAUUAAAACGCUCCUGAUCAGGUCCAAUGGCCUCAUUAGUCUCCUCAACUUCAAGUGCACUUAGGUGAUUCAAUUCUGAUUUCACGGGAAGUGCAGCACGGCGAUUUCUACGGGAUUUCUUAUCAGGAUCUUCUUCUGACUUUUCAUUACUCUUCUGUUCAUCAUCUUGUAAGGCACUUUCAAGAUUUUCUGACGAGACAAGGAAAUUUAAUGCCUCGAAAAUAGCCAAUUCAGCACUUUCGCUCUGUUUUACAAAAGUGAGAACUUGGCUAUGCAAAUGCUCAUCGGAGUUCAAUACCUUGACGAUCUCAUCCGCAAGUUUAUCAGCAUCAAAUUUGGACGUGGCAUACUCGUCUAAAAAGUUAGAAAUUAGUGGUCUGAGUGUCUUGAAUGUCUUUUCAUCCUCAGGACCAGCAAAAUUGAAUGAUCGAAGCUUCUUGCCAGACAUAAUUAUAAUUGAUUGAUCAGUACGAUCCAUCAAUUUGGCCCUUUUCUUCUCCAGUCUUAUUGAGAAUACUCUUUUAUCUGUUGGAUUUUCGAGGAAACAUUUACCGCUUUUCUGCUUCGAGGAAGUUACUAAGCUGUUUGUUGUUGAUUUCUCCAGCGAGAAUCCAACAGGGGGCUCAAGUUUUUACUUGAAAACCCAGACAAAUGAACGGAGAGCGAUCCUUGGGUUCCAUACGCGAAUUGGCUGCACAAUAUGCCUGGACGAGCGUCAUUCUAAGAAAAUAUUAGCAAAGUAA